AUGAGUAAGUGGGGAAAUUUUAAUUUUGACAUAUCAGCAGUUGGGAAGGUUAUUAAAAAUGUUGAAAAAUCAAUUGACAAGGCAAUUGGUAUACCAGAUCAACCAGAAGGUACUGAAAACAAUGAUAACAAUACAUCAUUUUCUUCAUCUCCGGGUGGAGGUACUAGUUUCUUUGGAUAUUCAUUUUCAACACCAACAAAAUCUACUUCAAAUAAUACACCAAUAACAUCGACACCAACAAAAUUACAAAGUGGUCAAACUCUCACUCCAACUCUUACUCCUAUUCAAAACAACAACAACAACAACAACAACAACAACAACAACAACAACAACAACAACAACAACAACAACAACAACAACAAUAAUAAUAAUAAUAGCAAUAAACAAACAAACAAUAGUUCAAAUAAUAGUUCAAUAUUAAAUAUAACACCAAUAAAACCAAAAAUAGAACAACAAUCCAUUCCCACACCUAAAUAUAGUGAAAAUACAAGUGAGGAAAUUGGAUUAAAAAAUAAAGAGGAUAAUAAAGGUGAAGAUGAGGAUGAAGAUGAAGAUGAAGAAAAACCACUAUAUCAAAUAGAUGCUAAUUUAGAUUCAAAAUCUGAAAAUAUUUUAAAAGAAGAGAAGGUAAAUAAAAAUCAUGAUAAUGGCAACAAUCAAAAUGAAAAUGAGAAUCAAAAUGAAAGUGAAAAUGAAAAUGAAAUUGAAAAUGAUAAUAAUAAUAAUAAUAAUAGUAUGAAUAUAUCAAAAUCAUUACAAAUGGAUAAAAGUGAGCUCAACCAAGAGAUUAAUGAAAUUGAUACUAAUAGCCUUCAAAUAAAUACUGAUCAUAACAAAGAUCUCCUCAAUAUUGACUCAAUUAAUAAUACAAAUGAAAUUAAUAAUAAAGAAAAUGAUAAUAAUAUAGAAAAGGAGGAAAUACAAGAAAUAAAACCUAUUAAUAAUGAAAAUGUUGUUAAUAAUAAUAAUAAUAAUAAUAAUAAUAAUAAUAAUAAUAAUAAUAAUAAUAAUAAUAAUAAUAAUAAUAUUAUUGAUAAUAUUAUUGAUUAUAAUAAUAAUAAUAAUAAUAUUGAUAAUAAUAAUAUUAAUAGUAAUAAUAAUAAUAAUAAUAAUAAUAAUAAUAAUAAUAAUAAUAAUAAUAAUAAUAAUAAUAAUAAUAAUAAUAAUAAUAAUAAUGAAUUAAUAAUAAAAGAAAAUAAUGAAUUAAAACAAACUAUUAAAGAAAUGGAAAAUAAAAUGAAUAUAGUUGUAAUGAUAAAUAAUGAACAAAAGAGAAUAGUAACAGAUAAAGAAAAGGUUAUAGAGGAUUUAACAGGUAAAAUGUCAAAAUUAGCGAUAUUGAAUGAUCAAUUAUUGGGUGAUAUUAACAAAUUGAAUGUUGAUUCAAAGAAAGAAGAUUUAGAGAAUUUAAAAGAAGAAUUUAGUAGAAGAUUAGGUCAAGUAGAGAAAAAGCUAUCAAAUGUUACCAAAGAACGUGAUCAAUUAAGAUCUGGUACAACGCUACCAGAGUCAAUUCAAAUUACAGUGAAAGAAAAAGAUGAAAAGAUCACUCAACUCAUUACAGAGGGUACAAAUUUAAGUCAUCGUAUUUUAGCAUUGGAAUCAUCAUUAAAGAAAUCGAAACAAACCACCAAAGAAAAUGAAGAUACCAUUACAAUGUUAAAUGAAAGAAUUAAUAACACCGAGCAAUUACUUUUAACUCGUUCAGAGAGAUUAAAAGAAUUUGAAGAGGCUGAUAAACGUUAUCAAGAUACAAUCAAUACAAUGAAGGAAGUUAGUGAUUCUGCCUCAAAGAAAUUGGAUAAACGUGAUCAAGAGGCUGAUAAGGCUAUUAGACAAGCAACCGAUUUACAGGCAGCUUUAGAUAAAGCUUGGAAAGAUAUUCAAGACUUAAAUAAACAUCAUUCCAUUGAGAUUGAUCGUUACAAUAAACAGUUACAAGAGGAGAGAUCCAGAAUUAAAAGUGAAUUCCAAUUGAUUGCAAACAAUGAAAAGAAAGAGUUUCUUGAUAAAAUAGAACAAUUGGAAACUUUUAUACAAGAACAUCGUUCAACUAUCAAUAGAAAUAAUGAGAAACAAACUUGGAAAGAGGAGGAAUUAAAUAAAGAGAUAGCUCAUCUUCAACAACGAUGUAGAGAUGCUGAAAUUCGUAAUGAUCAAUUAAGCUCUUCAAUACCUCAAGCAACUCGUCCACUCUUAAAACAAAUUGAAUCCAUUCAAGAACAAUUCAAUGAAAGACAAUCGACUUGGGAAACUUUAGAGAAACAAUUAAAUAAUCAAUUACGUGAAGAACGUUUAAAAGCUGAACAUGUAGUUAGAAAUCAACAAGAGAUCCUCUCUGAAUUGGAAGAGUUAACUCUAAAAUUCCAAUUAUUAGAGAGUGAAAGUAAAAUUGAUAAAAAGAAAUUAAAAUCUACAAUCACAGAGUUACAACAACUUAAAUCCAUACAAUCGGAUCAUCUUUCAAAAAUACAAGAUUUAGAAUCCUCUUCUUCAACUUUACAAUCAAAAAUCGAUCAACAUUUAAAUACCAUCUCAAUAUUGGAAGAACGUUUAACACUUUCAAAUAAAGAACUUAAAGAUUUAGAAGAUAAAAGACAAAAAGAAAAAGAACUUUAUGAAAAAGAAACUUCAAACUUUUUAAAAAAACAACAACAGUUAUUAUUACAACAACAAUUACAACAACAACAACAACAAGAAAAUCAAAAUCAAAUUAAUAAUAAUAAUAAUAAUAAUAAUAAUAAUAAUAAUAAUAAUGGUUCGUCAUUAUCAAAUAGUACAGAUAAAAUUAAUAAUGGUUCAAUUUCAACACCACCACAACAACAAAAUAAAGGAUUAUUUAGUGGAUUAAAGAAAACACCAAGUAACCAUGACUUUUUAAAUCAUUCAGUUGGAAAUGGAUUAUUACCAGCAUCUUUAGAGUAUUUACAAUCUUCAUUAUCACAAAAAGAGGGUGAAGCAAUGUCAUUACAAGCUCAAGUUCAAUCAUUAAAUCAUUCAAGAAAGAAAUUAGAGGAUGAAUUAGUAAAACUUACCACUGAUAAUGAGGAAUUAUUAAGUGAAUGUAAAGAAUUGAAAUUACAACGUCAAGAGAUUAAAGAUAUUCAACAACGUUAUCAAACCACUUUGUUAAUGUUGGGUGAAAAAGAAGAAGCUGUAAAUGAAUUACGUUUGGAUAUUAUGGAUUUAAAGGAUUUAUAUAAAAAUCAAAUUAAUGAAUUAUUAUUACAAAUUGAAGUUUUAAAAAAGAAAUAA